GUCACGGCCGCGAGUCGUUGAAGCCUAAAAACCAACCAACCCCAUUGAGCACUUAAGCUCUUACCAAAACCAUGAAUCCUUCUUCUUCUUCUCAUCAUCAUCAUCGUCGUCCUCUUCCUCAUCGCCGACCUCACUCUGGAUUCCGAUUCUCUUAUCUCCGUCCCUAGUUUCACCUUCCUCGUCGCUUCUUCCGGCGAUGAAAGCGGCUCUUCAUACCGGAGACGCCAGAGCUUGGAGGUAUUAGGGUUUUCUUUUCGGAAUUUCUCCUUGAUUUUGCUAUGGCGGAAGAGAAUCGUAAGGAUCGAGGUGUUUCUUCUACAGUUGCGAUUCCUUCUGGUUUGAACCGGAUCAAAACUCGGUUAGCUUCGUCAGGUCUUAGACCUGAAGAUUCCUCCGAUACCGUUGUAAAACCUCCGUUUAAUCGGAAUCAGAAGAUUAUUGUUCCUCGUGGAUAUGGUAGAACCACUGGCUCUUCCAAACAAGAGCGUAAAGGAACAAAGUUGUCGAGGUGGCUUGCUUCCUAUAAACCCAAGUAUUCUUGUCAUCCUCCAAAAUAUGCUUGCUCGAGUACAACGAGUAGUGAGGACAUUAAGUUAAGAGGCAAGAACUGUGGUAAAGACGAAGAGAUGAUCAUCAAGGUAUCUGAAACUAACCUUCCCUGUUCCAAGUCAAUGGGUAUAAAGAGCUUUUCCCAUGAAUUAGGGCCAAGGGGUGGUGUUCAAACUCCCUACCCUCGUCCGCACAGCUAUAACGAUCUGAAGGAACUUCUGGGCUCACUUCACUCAAGAUUUGAUGUUGCUAAAGAGACCGUGGAUAAAAAGUUGGAUGUCUUUGUCAUAGAUGUGAAAGAGGCUAUGGAGAAAAUGGAUCCACCAUGUCCUGAAGAUCGAGAAAUGGCAGAGGAGUUACUUGAUGUGGCUCGAGCCUGUAUGGAGAUGACAUCUGCUCAACUUCGUGCUACUUGUGAAUCGAUUGUCCACGACUUAACUAGGAAAAGGAAACAGUGCCAAGCAGGACUUGUGAAGUGGUUGUUCUCUCAGUUGCUUUUUAUAUUGACUCAUUGUACAAGAGUUGUGAUGUUUCAGAAGGAGACUGAGCCAAUUGAUGAGAGCUCCUUUCGCAAAUUCAAGGAAUGUUUAGAACGCAUCCCUGCUUUGGAAACAGAUUGGGGUUCUACUCCUAGAGUUGAUGAUUCUGGUUCUGGUUAUCCUAAAUACCAAAGGGAUGAAGCUGGGCAAAAGUUCAAAAGACGAGAGACAGAAUCAUUGGAGUCAGAGACAACUUUUGAUUAUGUGAUUCCAAAUGAUCAUAGCAAUAAUGCUGCUACGGAAGGUUAUGCGGUUGCUAAACAGGAAUUUCCAUCGCAGGAACCUCAAUUUGAUAGUAAAGUGGUACAACAAAGAUUUUAUUUGAGCGAUGAGUAUGAACAUAAGAUGCUAAAUGAGCCUGUAAAAGAGUUAGGCAGAUCUGAUUAUGUAAUCUGCAGGAUAUGUGAAGAGGAAGUUCCUCUCUCCCAUCUGGAACCUCACUCUUACAUAUGUGCAUACGCAGAUAAAUGUGAAAUAAAUUGUUUGGAUGUUGAUGAGCGCCUUUUGAAACUUGAGGAGAUACUGGAACAGAUAAUUGAUUCAAGAAGUUUAAAUUCCUUCACUCAAGCUGGUGGCUUGGAAAACUCUGUUCUGCGGAAAUCUGGAGUUGCAUCUGAAGGUUGUUCUCCCAAGAUAAACGAAUGGCGGAAUAAAGGUUUAGAGGGGAUGUUUGAGGAUCUGCAUGAGAUGGACACUGCCUUCAUAGACGAGUCUUACACAUAUCCUAUUAACCUUAAGAGCCAUGUAGGGGCCAAAAUAUGCCAUCAUGCCACUUCAUCAUCAACAGGUAGCAUCACGUCAGUAUCUUCAACAAAUACCCCCAGAACAAGUCACUUUGACUCCUAUUGGCUAGAACGGCAUUGUCCAGAGCAAGAGGAUCUUCAACUGAUGAUGGACCUUUCUGAUAUUGCCCGCUGUGGAGCAAGCACAGAUUUAUCGAAAGAGGGGUCCUGUGACUAUAUAAUGGCCUGCAUGCAAGACAUACAAGCUGUCUUGAAGCAGGGCAAGCUCAAAGCACUUGUAAUUGAUACUUUUGGGGGGCGGAUCGAGAAACUUCUCUGCGAGAAAUAUUUAUAUGCUCGUGAAUUGACUGCCGAUAAAAGUUCAGUGGGUAACGUUAAAGAGAGUGAAGAUGUCUUGGAGCAUGCAUCGGCUACUCCACAGUUACUGCUGAAAGAUAGGAUAAGCAUCGAUGACUUUGAGAUCAUCAAACCAAUAAGUAGAGGUGCCUUUGGUAAAGUCUUUCUUGCACGCAAAAGAACAACAGGGGACUUUUUUGCAAUAAAGGUACUCAAAAAGUUGGAUAUGAUAAGGAAAAACGAUAUCGAGCGGAUACUGCAAGAGCGAAAUAUACUAAUAACUGUCAGAUACCCCUUUUUGGUUCGAUUUUUUUAUUCAUUCACCUGCAGAGAUAAUCUCUACUUGGUAAUGGAAUAUCUUAAUGGUGGUGAUCUAUACUCUCUGCUCCAGAAAGUUGGCUGUCUUGACGAGGAAAUUGCUCGUAUAUACAUCGCGGAACUGGUUCUUGCAUUGGAGUACCUCCAUUCUCUGAAAAUUGUGCACCGUGAUCUAAAGCCUGAUAACCUGUUAAUCGCCUAUAAUGGGCACAUCAAGCUAACAGACUUUGGGCUUUCAAAGAUUGGUCUUAUAAACAACACAAUUGAUUUAUCUGGCCAUGAGUCAGAUGUAUCCCCAAGAACAGGUUCUCAUCAUUUUCAGAAGAACCAAGAAGAAGAAAGAAUUCGGCAUUCAGCUGUUGGGACGCCUGACUACUUGGCGCCAGAGAUUCUUCUUGGAACUGAACACGGUUAUGCUUCGGAUUGGUGGUCUGUUGGAAUCGUCUUGUUCGAAUUGAUAACUGGAAUUCCACCUUUUACAGCAGCCCGCCCAGAGAUAAUAUUUGACAACAUCCUCAAUGGAAAAAUGCCCUGGCCAGAUGUGCCUGGUGAAAUGUCAUAUGAAGCUCAGGAUUUGAUUAACAGGCUUCUUGUCCAUGAGCCGGAAAAGCGACUGGGGGCAAAUGGGGCUGCAGAGGUAAAGUCACAUCCCUUCUUUCAAGGAGUUGACUGGGACAAUCUUGCUUUGCAAAAGGCUGCUUUUGUACCGCAGCCUGAGAGUAUAGCUGACACAAGCUAUUUCGUAUCACGAUUCUGUGAAAACAGUGCCAGCGAUAGUGAAACUGACAACAACAGCGGGUCAUUUCCAGAUUCAGGAGACGAGUUGGAUGAAUGCACCAACCUGGAGAAGUUUGAUUCUCCACCUUAUUAUCUCUCGCUCAUUAACUUUUCUUUCAAGAAUUUGUCACAAUUGGCUUCAAUCAAUCAUGAUGUGCUAUUGCAAAAGGAUCCAGCUAAAGGAGGAGGAGGAGACUCACCCUUUAAAAGCCAUGGAACGUAGAGCUCUGCUACAACCGUCAAAGGUGGUCUUAGUCCGCUGUUUGGUCUGGUUUGCGCCUGCUUUGACCGUUGUAGCUGCUGCUGCUACUAUGCUGAAAUUGUUACCUUAAGUUUUUGGGUAAGUUUUUCAGUUUUGUCAUAAAUUCAUUUGGAACCAUUUCAAAUGCAAAUCCAAAUAUUUAUUGCGUGGCAACAACACACAUAUACCUGUGUAUAAAGCUUGUGUGUAUUGAGGCUGAUGGUAAUAAGAAAGAGCUUUGGUUACUGAAUUA